AUGAAGUCAGUCAUUUUUACUGCGCUUGCUGGCAUUGUUGCCCAACUUCUUCAUUAUGCAUCUGCUGCAUCGGUCUCGUACUGCACUGGCGACGCAAACGACAUCUGCUACAGUUGGGGCGUGACAUCGGCGUCCGGCUCCGCCCAACGUCUGCUCUUUCAGAUCGAGGCAUCCACAAACUAUCAAUGGGUCGCACUUGGAACCGGUAGCAGGAUGAGCGGCUCUGACAUGUUCGUCAUAUACCAAGACGGUUCAGGCAACAUCACCCUGAGCCCUCGGAAGGGAUCCGGUCACAACACGCCCGGGUACGGUGGACUGACAACUGUGGCUCUGACUGCAGGGUCCGGAGUAGCAAACGGCAAGAUGACUGCCAGCAUCAACUGCGGUGCUUGCCCUGGUGUCGACCUCACGGGCUCGGCUUCGUGGAUAAGCGCCUGGAAGACAGGCGGAGCCCUUGACGCUGCGGAUGUUAGGGCCAACAUUGGUAUGCACGACGGUACGGACCACUUCUCUGUCGACCUUGCAAAAGCUACGAUUGAUUCUGGAAACAACACUCUCGGCACGGAUUCUAGUGCUACACCAGCGUCUGGUUCAGGCGGCAGUGCAGUGUAUGGUGGUGGCAGAAGUAAAGACAUUCUCGUCUACUCGCACGGCAUCCUAAUGUCGGUAGUAUUCAUUAUUGGAUAUCCACUUGGAGGGGUCUUGAUGCCUCUGAUGGGCAAAUGGGUCGUACACGCAAGCUGGCAGGUCAUCAUGCUCUUGAGUAUGUGCGCUGGAGUCGUAGUAGGCAAGAUUGCCAGUGAUCGAUUGGGAAUGUGGUUCAAUGAGUCUCAUGUCCAGCUUGGAACAGUAGUCUGUGCAAUGAUGCUCUUUCAAGUGGGGCUAGGCUGGAUGCACCACCGAAACUAUGUCAAGUACCAGAGGCGGAGCUGGGUCAGCUACUGCCACAUAUGGUAUGGCCGAGUGCUGAUAAUCGUUGGUAUCGUCAAUGGCGGAAUCGGCUUGAAAGUUAGCCGUGCACCAAUCACCCAAAUCAUCGCAUAUUCGGUUAUUGCCGCCAUCGUGUUUGCUGUGUACGGCGCAGUAACGGCUUACAGACUCGUCAAGCCGCGCGGAAACAAGAUGGUACUCAGUUCCAGCUCCUCUUUCUGUCUGAAUGAGAGGCCGAGGUGGAGUUAA